CUGCAGCACCAGUGCAGGCUGCAGAGCAAGACGGCGAACGGCGCAUGCAGCACAGGCAAUACGGUACCGUAAUUUCAUGCAGCCCCCUGGCCCUGUAAGAGUUGUAAACUGGCACGGCCAAGCUAGGGUUUCUGAGGUCCAGGAGUCUGCUUAAUUGUGGGGGCUUUGCUUCCAAUCUUCAUGUGCUGCAGCUAAGCGGAAUUGCAGCUGCCCGAAUUACGGUAGAAGGAAAUUGUAUGCGGCAGAUACGACAAGAAGGGAAGAGAGCCUGGGUACAGUUUGUCAUUGAAAGAAGUUGACUCAGUUUACCCACAAGGGAUUGGACCACAAGGUCUUCUAGAAUCAUGGCGGACCUCAGAAGGAGCACCCGUGCUGCUGCAACUAAUGUCAAAUCAAUGCAAGAAGCUCUAUCAGAUGAGGAGGCGUCUGAUAGCGGUGAUGAGUUGGACUUUGGAACAGACAAUGGAGCCAGGGUUGGAAGGGCAGGCAAAAGAGGAAGGAAAUCUUCCAGCAAGGCCUCCACUCCAAAGACAGAGGCUCCUGGAACAAGCAAGCGCAAGCCACCUCCCCACCCCAACACAGCAAGAGGGGCAGAGAAGAAGCAGCGGGUUGGGGAGACUGCAGCAAAGGCACAGAAAUCAGAUGCGCCCGGCUUGGAGGGGAUAACACUCCUUGAUGUGGUGAAGGAAAAGAGCGCAGCAAUCCCAUCUGCCGUCGGACAAUUUGUGGGCCGUUAUGAAAGGAACCCCCAGGCGGCGAUUGCAGAGCUCCUAACCUUUCUGGUCCAGGCUUGCGGAAGCAGCGUAAGUAUCCCUGAGGAAGAUCCAAUGGACGAGAGCGACAUUGAUGAUCUCAUCAAGGACGUUGUGUCAUCCGCGGAGGAGGGGCAUGUGGAGACUUACCUCGUCUCAAAGGACAAGAAGCUGAAGCACUUUCGGCAGAACCUUCUCGACUUCUGGGACCUCCUCGUCUUGGAGUGUCAGAGCAACAUCCUCUUUGAUGAGAAGCUGUUCGACAAGUGCAUCGGCUUCAUCAUCGCAAUCUCUUGCACUGGCGUGAGGACAUUCCGUCAGGUCGGGACGUUGAUUGGUCUUCAGCUCGUCUCCUCCCUGGUGACUGUGGCCAAGUCAUGCACGGAUCUGAGGGAGACCACUCAGCGGCAGCUGCAGGCAGAGAAGAAGAAGAAGAACGCAUCCAGAGUGGCCGACCUGACCAAGACGCUGGAAGAAAUGCACUCGAAGACUACUGCGACUGAGGAGCUGAUGCGGAAACUGUUCACGGGCGUCUUCAUGCACCGGUAUCGCGAUGUCGAUGAGUUCAUCCGGGCCAACAGCGUGGAGGCCCUGGGGUCCUGGAUUCUGGAGUAUCCGUCCAUGUUCCUUAAGGAUCUGUACACAAAGUACCUCGGCUGGAUGCUCAACGACAAAGAUGCGCACGUCCGCCAGACUGCGGUGAUCGCCCUGCGAAACCUGUACGAGGUGGAGGACAACAUUGCGUCGCUGGAGCUCUUCACUCAGCGCUUCUGCGGGCGGAUGCUCGAGCUGGCGGAGGACAUCGAUGAGGACGUUGCGGUCGAGGCCGUGAAGCUCAUCAAGGAGCUCCUCAGGCACGAGCUACUGGAGGAGCAGGACACGAGCCGGCUGUACGAGCUGCUGGUGGACGAGUCGGCGCAGAUGCGGCACGUCGUGGGGGACCUCGUGCACGACCAACUCGUCUCGCAGACGCUGGUCCAGGGGAGCACGCCCACCGGCAAGAGUGCAAAGGAGAGCAAGACCCCCGAGGGCCAGCUCAAACGGGUAAUGAACAUCCUGGCAGAGUUUUCCGGCAACAGGGCCCUGUGCAGCUACGUGGUGGACGCACUCUGGGACUCGACGCCAGUGCUGCAGGAUUGGAAAACGGUUACGAAGCUGCUUCAGACCGAGAAGGCCAAGGACGAGCUGUCCGAAUCUGACGCCACCAAUCUGGUCCGGCUACUCAAUGCUUCCGUCAAAAAGGUGCGCGGGGAGUCGCUCGUGAAGGAGACUGCGGGCAAGACAGCGCACCUGACCAAGGCCCAGAGGGAGGCGAUGGAGAGCAGGGAGGAGGAGCUGACGGUGGCGAUGAUGAAGGCGCUGCCCGGCCUGCUGCGCAAGUUCCAGGCGGACAAGGCCAAAGUGGCGGACCUUGUCGAGAUCACUGCGUACCUCAACCUCGAGCUCUACUCGCUCAAGCGCCAGGAACCGGUGUUCCUCUCGAUGCUCCAGCAAGUCAAGGACAUUUUCUUCAAGCACACGGACGCGGACACUCUACGCGCCUGCGUCCGCGCGUUCAAGUAUAGCGUCCAAGAGGGCAAGGCCGAGCUGCAAGACGGGGCGCAGCGGGUGGUGUCAGAGGUGGAGGCCGAGACUGUGAAGAGGGUGAAGGCAGCCGUCAAAAAAGCGAAGAAGAGCGAAAACCCCGCGGAGGACUUUUCCCUGGCGGUGGCCCUGGCGCGAGCGCAAGCGCUGUACGCGGAGCACCGCCCGUCGGACGAGAGCGUGCACCAGAGCGUGCUGGAGCUGCUGGACGAAGUGGACGGACUCGAGGAUGAUGUCGUUCGCAUGGCGUUGCGCCUCAUCUUCCUGCAAGUCGCCUGGAGCCUGAGCGCACUCGACAAGAAGAGCCCCUCAGACGAGUCCCUGACCCACGUGGUCGAGUUACGGGACCGUUUGAUUGAGCUGGUGGAACUGGCGGUGGACAACUCGCUGGAGCUCUGGAGCGAGGAGAGCCUCCAGUCGAAGCUCGCGGCAGAGGUAUGCGACAUCUUGGCAGACACGUGGGCGAUCUUCAGCGCAGCUAAGCUGAAGGAUACGAACCUUGAGCGGCUUGGUUACACGCCGUCCGACAGCCUGGUGCGCAAGUUCUGGGACCUGACAGAGAAGAGGCUGGACGCUGCAGCCGAGGAGAUCGACGAGGACGAGGAGCAGGUCGCUGGCGAGGGUGACGACAGCUUGAAACACGAGGUAGUACUGCCCGCCGCCAAGCUGCUCAAAUGGAGCCUCGUCCCAAAGGACUUCCUCGCCCCCGAGCUGGUGUCGCACUUCGUGUCGCACGGCAAGCCCACCGCUGACGUCAUCAAGGCCAUGACGCGCCGCUCCGAGGACCAGUGGCGGACGUACCUCGAGGCGCUCAAGCGGGCGUUCAAGCGCUUCUUGGGCGCGACCACGGAGGACGACGACUACGCGUCAGAGCCCACAUUCAAAGAGUUCAAAGACCUGGCGCACCGCAUUUCCUCCGUCUACGCCAGCUUUGCCAAAGCGCAGCUGCGGCCGGCGAUCCUAAAGAUCGUCAAGGGCGGAAUGGAAUACGCGUUCAGCAGCGUCCCGCGUACGCUGCCGUUCCUCGAGGGUGCGCUCGUGCUGUUUGCGGUGAAGCUGGAGCCGGCGGACAUGCGCGCGCUGAUCGCUGAGGCGAACACGCGUGCGGGCGACGUCGACAAGGAGGAGAACCCGCACGCGUGGCGGCCGUUCAACAACUUCGUGGAGACUCUCGAGGCCAAGAGCGCAGACAACGGCGGAGCGAAGGCGGGCGCAGCGAAGGGCAAGAGGAAAUCACCCGAUGGACGCAAGCUGGAGUUUGAAGAAGACGAGUCGGGAGAAGAGCCUAGCGGGGCGGGGCCAGCGACGCCAGGCGACCAAACGGAGCAGGAAGAAGAGGAAGAGACGCAGCCUUUGCGGGACCCUCGGCGGGAGCGCAAGUCGAGCGGUGCCGCCGCGGCACAGUACCAACGCAAGAGCGCCCAAAAGACGCGGGCUCCGGAGGAGUCGGAAGAGGACGAGGAGAGUGCGCGGAAGCGGCGGGAAAAGGGCAAGGCGAAAGAGGUGGAAGAGACACAAGACGAGAUUGAGAACGACGAGCCGUCCAGCAAGCCCGACGAGAACGACGAGGAAGAAGAAGAAGAAGCACAGGGCACCGGCGAGUUCGGCUCGUACAAUGCAACCGAGGAGCAGCUACCCACGCGGCGGAAAGCGGAGCGGCCGCAAAUGAAGCCGCUCUUUGGCAGCGAGGAGACGGAGGAGGAGGCGGGCGAGUCUGACGCUCCGACACAAGAUCAAGAUGCAGAAGAUGAAGAAUUGCUGGCCAUCAACAUGAACGCGAAGAGGAAGGCACCAACCCAAGGUAGCCAAUCACCCCUUGGGGCCAGUGCUAGCGCAGGUGGCAGCGAAGAAGCGGAACCUGUGGCUUACAAGCGCUCAAGAAAAGCUUAAGGCAGGACGUUGGCCGACAGAUGUGAUGACACUUGAUACAUGGGAGUCGGUCUUGAUGUUUGCAAUGUCGCAAAUACUUGCAUAAGUAUGUAGCCCUGUCAUUUACAGAGAAAUCGACCCGUCUAAACAACAGUAAUAUUCGAUUUGAAGGAAACAUGUUCUCGUGCUCAAGGACAUCUUGAGCACGAUGUUCUGCGGCCAGAUAAGUGCCAUUUCAGGUACACAUCCUAUUCAGCAUCCAUAUUCUUCGGAUGCAAAUGGGCUGUGAGGCGCUGAAAUGAAUGGGCGGAC